AAAAUGCACGUAAUUUAGCUAUAGCUAGCUAUAAGUUCCUUAUAAUUGAUGCAAUCAAUAUGUUUUAAGCUCCAAAAUGAAAUUAAAUCAAUGUAAAACCAUAGUUGAAAGACUGAAAUAAGGACUAAAUACAUACAUUAAAAUCCACGACAAGUAACCAGUAACCAUCCAACACAUGUGGGAUAAGACAGAAGAUAAGGCAGAAGAAAUCAGUCAAACCUUUGUACGGAAAGCGAAAUAUGCGUCUUUCGCAAUAAACGGCGCGCCAUUUAACAACUUUUCGUUCCUGAAGUUUCGUUUCCAAACACUAGCCACCUAAGGUGUGUGUCGGUAACUUUUACAGGAAUAAGAAAUACGUUUAUUUUAAGCUAGACUUAAAGGGGAAUUAAGCCCAAAUUUUUUUUCUUUGGAAAUAUCUUUUACAAACUCUACUUAUUUUGAUGGUAUAUAAAAAAAAUUGAAAUUCUUUGAAUUUACAUCCCUUUUCUAGCAUAAAAGUUGACAACAGUAAUCGCCAUGUUUAAAUCAUAAAAAUCUGCGAUGGAGAUCUAUAUUGUAUUUUACGCUCAUUUCAAUUUUUUGAUCCCUUCAUCUUUUUUAAAGUUGUUUACACAAUGUGAGCAAACGUAACAGCGUAUUUGUUGAUGUUAUCUUUCUUCCAAAAACGAUACCUACUUGUAAAGCUUAUGGCUGUAGAAAUAGUACUGGGAAAGGAGAGGUGAAGAAGUCUUUUUUUAUGAUUCCUCGACCGAACAGUAACGAAGAAAAGUUGCGUUGUUUGAGAUGGAUAAACAACAUGGGUCGUGUCGAUGUGAACAUCAAUACGUUGAAAUUUGGUAAAGACGCUGUGUUAUGCGAAGAUCAUUUUCACCCAGAUUGUUUAAAAAAAGAAAUAACAUUGCCGGAAUAUUUUACGAAAAGAAAAAAAAGAAAGAGUUAGUACCGGGGGCAGUGCCAACAAAAUUUUCGCACAAAACAUACGAUGAAAUAAACAUGGACGGCACAAAACAUUUACAGCAACGAAAAUUAUCUGUUAGACGAAGUGAAGAAUUAGCACGUUCUGAACUUAUCGGCCAUCUGCUAACGGAAAACGAAGUUUCUCAAAACGAAACUGUGAAUGUUCAAACAAAUCCAACUUUGGUUGAAGAAGAAACCAUCAUGAUCAUAAAUGUGAAGGAUAUUAUUGAACCAACCCACAAAAACGUUGGAGUUCAAUGUGAAAUAUCACUAAGCGACUUAAACAGAAGCUGUCAAACUGAUCGGUUAGAAUCAUGUGACUUUGAAGCGCAAGCUCCUGAGUAUUAUUCCAUUUCUGCUAAUUACGUUGCUGUGGUAAACGAUCACGCAUAUUCCAAAGAAAAAACUGUUUGCUCCACUCCUUCUAAAAAAAAGCACGUUUGUGAGGACGUCUUACUCUCUCCUAUAAACUCGUCAUUACAAUCCUUACCAACUGACGAUGAAAAAGACUCUGAUUACAUCGCUGAAAGUGCAGAAGAGUCAAUCAAUAUUAGUGAUGCUCAUGAAACCGAACGAAGCAUUUUAAAAGAAAAGAAAUUUGUUGUUUUCGAAAGCAUGCUAGAUGAAAUAUUUAACUUACUGCCCUGUCGUUCAUGUGAUGGAACCGCAACCAGUAUCGAAAAGCGUGAGCAGGAAACGUGUGUACUAUACAAAGGGUAUUGCAUCAAUGAGCAUGUGGUUUUUGACUGGAAAAGUCAACCCAUGCUUGGAAAAAUGCCAGCAUUUAAUUUGUUACUAUCCUCUGCAAUAUUUUGUUCAGGAAACACAUAUGAAAGGGUGAAGAAAGUUGCGAAUUUUUCUGGUUUAAAUUUUGUCAAUCAACGAACAUACUAUGAUGUUCAGCGAUCACUGAUAAUCCCAACUGUAAACGACCAUUUCGUGAAAAAUAUUGCCAGUGCAAGAGAGGAUUGUCGGGGAGAGAAUGAAGCAUGUCUUGGCGAUGGCAGAUUUAACUCACCUGGUAAAUCUGCCAAGUAUUGCACAUAUAGUUUACAAUCGUCAGCGUCUAACAAAAUUGUUGCGACAACCACAAUCCAAACAACAACCGGUAAAGGUUCGGCGCCCUUGGAGUUACAAGGCUUCAAAAAUUGCCUUGAGCAGUUAAGUUCCGAUAACUAUCCUGUAGGAAGAGUUGCCACGGACCGAAACAGGCAAAUCGCUAAAUGGAUACGUGAAAACAGGUUAGAUAUCAUGCAUCGGUAUGAUCCAUGGCAUUUUGCUAAGAACAUCAAAGCCAAACUUAGACCAUUAGUAAAACGAAAAGAUAGGCGAAUAUUACAGGAUUGGAUCAAACCAAUAGGAAAUCAUCUUUUCUGGUGUGCCGAAAACUGCCAAGGUGACCCAGAGCUGCUGGUGCAAAUGUGGAAGUCGAUACUUCAACAUGUUACGAAUAAACAUAAUUUUGCGAAGCAAUAUCCCAAGUAUCCCAGGUGCCGACACGAAGCCUAUUCUAGUGCUGAGGCACGAAAGAAGAAGUGGAUUGAGAAACAUUCGCCAGCGUAUAAUGCAUUGGAAGAAAUCGUCCUUGAUAAAAAAAACUUGAAGGAUAUGGAACUUCUUUGCGAACCAUACCACACAGGGGGCGUGGAAGUUUUUCACUCACUGAUAACAGCGUGCGCACCAAAACGGCAACAUUUCGAGUUGAAUGUGAUGAACGCCCGAGUGAAGUUGGCUAUCUUGGACCAUAACAAUAACGUUGGUCGAAAGCAGGCUGUUGUAAAAUGCGCGCGUAAAGGGAGUCAGAAGGUCGGUGAAAAAAAGUGGAAGUUUGUCUCAAGCAAAUUGAAUAAAGAGUGGGUCGUGAAACCUGUGAAAGAACCCAAGUCUUUCAGUUUUGUUGAUGCGAUAAUGAAUGACAUAAUUGAAAGAAAGGAGAGUGGGGUAAAGGUAAAGAUCUCUGGUAAAGAAGUUGUAAACAAGCUUAGUCGACCACGUAACAUUGCCCACACGGCCAGACCUGACACUUCGAAAAUUUUAGAGAAACGGAAUUAUGCAAAACGAUUCAAAAAAUAACUCUGGUCCGUUGUACUUUAUUUCGCUUUUUUGUUGUUGUUAUUGUUUGUUUAAAAAUGUUAAGUCCCGUUA